CCAACUCUUGACUUCAUCUUGACAGCAUGACAAUAUGAUAUAAAAGAUGUUUUCCUGUUUGCCUGAGGAAGAAAUAUUCUCUCUACAGCAGACAGGAAAAGUGCCUAAGAAUCAAUAUUAAAACGAAUCCGAGGACAAAUCGAAGGUCACCGACAACAUGUUUUUAGGCAUAUCGCUUGGUACUGAAAAUGAGAAGACACUGCCAUGUCUCGCGUAAAGCGUGCAGAAGAUAAGUAAGGCAAUAAAGGUGUAAACAGCACCAUACAGCUUCAAGUUCGGAUGUCCCCUGCAAAGUAUGUAGAUGACGUUCGCGAGUAGAAUAUUUUCAAUUUUGACAUGAGUCGGACAAUAAACUUCGAGGUGGGCCCGGACAAACGGCAAUAAAAUUCGUCACCUGUUUGAGUUUCAAUUCUUUUUGCACCACGUGCCCGAUGUUAAUUUGCCUUUUGUCAUGUUUCUUAUUUUGAACCUACUGUAUCAGAACAAAGAAUAUGCCAACCAAUCUUUGCACAUGCAUGAAAAAUGACGUUUACGUUUUGUGUUUGGUUCGGCAAAUUUUGAAUAGAAUAAUUCCGCCUUCUCUAGUCAAAAUUAUCAUGAAAAGAAAAUAGUGCUGAAAUGUUGUUUCGUUUUUCAAAGGCUUAAUAGUUUUCUAUUUAUUUAAGGAAAAUGAUAAAGAGUUUGUCCUGCCUGACAAGAACGACACGGAAUCUGCUUCCAUGGGAUAAAUGCUUCCAAUUUUUUUUAAGGAUUCGGUUUUCGUCGUCUUUCUGUUUAUUAGUGUUUAUUUUUGUGAACUACGUAUGAGAUAAAGUAGAAAGUCUUUCACGUAUGAAAUCGACUUUAUGAAGAGUGCUACUAUUUUAGGUCGACCCACGCUGUCAUAUUCCAAACUGUGUACCUCCUCGAACCCGAUCCCUCGGACUAAACAAGCGUUUGAAUAAAAGCAACCAAAAACUAUUUUUAUUUCGGCGACUUACCGCGGACAGCUGGCAGAAGGCUGUUUGCUCCGGAUGACGAUUUGAAUAGAUUGCCCAGACAAGGAAAAUAGCUUUGUUUUGUUCGGGCGCUUUUGAUUGGCAGAAUUUGCAGUAAGCUGGCUUUUUAAAAAUCUUCUUCAAUUUGCGAUGAUUACAUAGUCCGCAACUUACGUAUUCUUCAAGUUUUGAUCAAAAGGCAGACAUUUUUCACGAGGCAAGAAUGGGUUGUAGUCCUUCUCACGCGGUUAUUAUUAAUCAAUCGCCGACACAAGAGACGAUAUGUUUGCAACCGCGAAUUUACAUGGUUUCGGAAUCGACUUUGUGUCUUUUACAAGACGUUGGAGAAUUGAGAGUUUAUCACGUCGACGAGCGAGAUCCUGAAACCGCGAUCGAGAGAUUUCGCGGCGCACAAGACCAGCUUCAAAAUCCUCUUUCAUUUCAUCCUCAGCUUCGCAGCGCACGGCGGGAGCGACUCAACACCAUCGAUUUGCAAGCGGCCGGGCCAUCAAGCGCUUCAAGCGAAACGGAGGAAAACGUUCGGGUUAGAAUCGAAGUCGUCGAGGAACAAACAGAACAACGCGAUGAUGUUGAUGAUCUCCACAGUAACAGUAGUGGUAAAGUUUGCGACAAUGAUGCGCUACAAACAACAGAAAUACCCGAAUCGCCAAAUGCGCACUCCGUGACUGUUGAAGUUUACAGUUACAAACAAAGCUCAGAUGGACUACAGGAGGAACAUGAGGUAAAGGACAAUUUAAGUGACGAGGAAAAGAAUUUCGAGCAGGUUAACGUGGAAAGCUCUGCUUCUUCAGUUGCUGUGGUAGCAACACAACAAAAUCAAACAUCUGAUGAACAAUGCGAAACCAGUGAAAUAGAUGACGAGGAUGCCAUAGAUAGCCGCGAUACACUAAAAGAUGCCACUCUCGCCUGGUCAGAAACUACGGAUGAAGCAAAGCAGAGGAUAGAAAAUGGAGCGAAUCAAAGCUCAGAGACAGAUCAAGCUGUUUUUACAAGAAUCGUAAGUGAAACGACCCCGCGGGGAAAAGAAUCGACAAGUCAAGAACUCGAGCUGUCGGAAAAUAUUGACGAUUGAUUUAUUUCGCGUAAACGAUAUUUAUGGAAAGAACCCACUAGAAAGCGGGAGAAGAAAACUGAAAAUUUACAAGCAACUGUAAGCAAUACCCCAAUACCAAUUUGAUGUUGCUCACUUUGCCAAUAGGUCGUUUAGAGUAUUGCUCUACAAAAAAAAAAAAAAAGAAAAGAAAAGAAAAAAAAAAAAA